GUGCAUGCCUGUAAUUCCAACACAUGGGAGGCUGGAUUAGGAUUGGGAAUUUGAGGCCAGUGUGGUUACUUAGCAAGCAAGGCCUAGUUUCUGAAACCAAAGCCAAGCUGGAUCUCAUGUUACAGGUCUGUAAUCCUGGCUAUCCAGGAUACUGAGGCAGGAGGAUUGCAAAUUCAGGGCUAGCCUGGGUAGCUUGGUGAGACUGUCUGGUACAAAGGACCCGAGAAAUAGGUCAGUGAUAGAGUGUGUCUGACACAUGUAAGUCCCUGUGUUCAGCCCUAAGUAUAAAGAAGAAAUUCUACCUCUGUUCUCUGAACAAUAUUCAGUAUUGUUUCCAAUAGGUGAUAUAAACAGCACGCUAAUUUAAAAGACUGUUUUAAAAUCUUGUGUUCUUAGCUUGGCAGGGUCUUCCGGAAGGCCAGAGCCGUUUGCAUCACUGAGCCUUAAAGUUUGGUGGGGAGAGAAAGGGGGGAACGGAGUCUUAGGGUCAAGAAGUCACACUAAGCCUGGACAAGUGACUGGGUCUGACCGAGAAAACCCUGGCUUUCUCUCCUUGCUGUCCAACCGGGGGCUGUUCUUGAGACCUUGGAGGCUUGGAAGCGGGAUGGGUGCCUGGAAUUGGAAAUGUUUCCUGGGGCUGGAAAAUCAGAUAAAGUAGGCACUUCCCUUUUUCCGAUGAGUAGGUGGUUGGUUUCUUAGGGCAUACGUAAACACACACACACACACACACACACACACACACACACACACACACACACACACACACGCUAACCUUACCUAAGGUUUGGAAAGCCUGGGAAGUUUUAAAAACAGCACAGGCGUGUAGAUGUAACGAGGAGAUUCUGAUUUCAGUGGCACGGGAUGCGGCCUGACAUUUUUAAAAGUGUAAGAGAACUAGACCAGCCCUCUGGCUCCCUAUCUUAUCUGGAGUCAGGGGCACCUUCAUCGCUGCCCGGUGGUUCAGUAGGGAACCUGAGGCUGUGUGGACGCCAGGGAGAGGAAGGGCCUGGGCACUUUGAGGCCUGCUGUCCCUGGGAGGACAGGCCUUCAGGAGACGUCUGAGGAAUGCAGUUUCACGUUUUACCCUCGGAAUCCUACUCUUGACACCCUCCUCUAAGUUCCAGACGGGACAGGAAGUGUCCAGAGGAGGUGGAAGUGAUUGGCAGUUGGAGGCUCCAAUGGGCCGAGAGCCCCCCCUGCUUCACCUCUCUCGUUCUAUUGGCGCUGGGAGGAGCCGCCCCCACGGCCGGCGCUCAGCACUGGAGGGAGCAGAGGCCGGGGCAGAGGGUGAGGGCGGAGGGCGCUGGCGGCGGCUGCCGCAGAAGAUGAGCAGCAGCUGCUCAGGGCUGACCAGGGUCCUGGUAGCCGUGGCUACAGUCCUGGUGUCUUCCUCCUCCCCCUGCCCCCAAGCUUGGGGCCCUCCAGGGGUCCAGUAUGGGCAGCCUGGCAGGCCUGUGAUGCUGUGCUGCCCUGGAGUGAAUGCUGGGACUCCAGUGUCCUGGUUUCGGGAUGGAGACUCAAGGCUGCUCCAGGGACCUGACUCUGGACUAGGACACAGACUGGUCUUAGCCCAGGUGGACAGCCCUGACGAAGGCACUUACGUCUGCCAGACCCUGGAUGGUGUUUCCGGGGGCAUGGUGACCCUGAAGCUGGGCUUUCCCCCAGCGCGUCCCGAGGUCUCCUGCCAAGCAGUAGACUAUGAAAACUUCUCCUGUACUUGGAGUCCAGGCCAGGCCAGCGGUUUGCCCACCCGCUACCUUACUUCCUACAGGAAGAAGACCCUGCCAGGAGCGGAGAGUCAGAGGGAAAGCCCAUCCACUGGGCCUUGGCCAUGUCCACAGGACCCUCUGGAGGCUUCCCGAUGUGUGGUCCAUGGGGCAGAGUUCUGGAGUGAGUACCGGAUCAAUGUGACUGAGGUGAACCCACUGGGUGCCAGCACGUGCCUACUGGAUGUGAGAUUACAGAGCAUCUUGCGUCCUGAUCCACCCCAAGGAUUGCGGGUAGAAUCAGUACCCGGAUACCCAAGACGCCUGCAUGCCAGCUGGACGUACCCUGCCUCCUGGCGUCGCCAACCCCACUUCCUGCUCAAGUUCCGGUUGCAGUACCGUCCAGCACAGCAUGCAGCCUGGUCCACGGUGGAGCCCAUUGGCUUGGAGGAGGUGAUAACAGAUGCCGUGGCUGGGCUGCCCCAUGCCGUACGAGUCAGUGCCAGGGACUUUCUGGAUGCUGGCACCUGGAGUGCCUGGAGCCCAGAGGCCUGGGGUACUCCAAGCACUGGUCCCCUGCAUGAUGAGACACCUGAUGGCAGCCGGGAGCACGAACAGCAGCUAGAGGCAGUAGCUCAGGAGGAUAGCCCUGCUCCUCCAUGGCCUUCCUUGCAGCCAGACCCAAGGCCACUUGAUCACAGGGACCCCUUGGAGCAAGUGGCCGUGUUAGCAUCUUUGGGAAUCUUCUCUUUCCUUGGCCUGGCUGUUGGAGCCCUGGCACUGGGGCUGUGGCUGAGGCUGAGACGGAAUGGAAAGGAUGGACCUCAAAAACCUGAGUUCUUGGCACCAAUGAUUCAGGUGGAAAAGCUUCCAGGAAUCCCAAACCUGCAGAGGACCCCAGAGAACUUCAGCUGAUUUCAUCCGUAACCCUGUCAGACUUGGGUGGUCAAAUGGACAGGCAGAAAGAGGUAGGGCAGUGGAUUCCGGUGGAUGGAGUUCUCAGCUGGAUGUCUGGAGCCCUUUUCUUUGACACCUAUACUCCAAACCUGCUGCGGGCUGAAUGCUCUCUGGACCUCUGAUGUCAUCCUUGAGGUGGAAGUCUGCCUGAAGAAUAUGUAUAGAAGUCUGUGUUCCGUGACCGUGUGUAUGUGAGACAGGGAGCGUUAAGUUCUCUGUAUGUGUGUACAGAUGACUGGAGAGUGUGUGUGGGUCUUGGGCUUGGCCCUUCUGGGGAGUGUGAAGAGUUAAAAUAAAAGAGACAGAAGUUUUUUGGA